UCCAGUCCAUUGGGGGGCGUGGCCAGAGAGGAGAAGGCGUGGCUUAGUAAGGGCAGCCAGACGUCUGGGAGUCGCCGAAUCUGGCAGGUUAGAGGAGGCAGAGCCCGCUGCGUCGCCCGGAGGAGAGAAGGAGGAAGCCGGGGAGCCAGCCAGCCUCCGCCGCGGCCUCUGGACAACUUCAAGGGAGGAAGAGGGAGGAGGAAGGAGAAGGAAAAGAAGAGGCAGCUCCUCCUCCCCAUUCCUUGGAUUCUUCCUUGGGAAGCCCCUCCCGGUAGGAGAGCCCGCUUUGUCCGCCUUCUGCAGCCUUUCCCCUGUCCUCCCGUGACACGGGUGCGUCUGAGCGCCUCCAAGAGUGUCCCCGCGUGUUUUGGUGUCGACCUUUUUUCCUCGCGGAUUUUUUUUUUGCAUCAUCCUGCAAUCAAUGCACCGCUUGUUACUCUGAAAGGGUGUGGUCUGCUUAAGCUCUGCAGCUGAGAUGCCCAGAGUGGUUUGGUGAAAGAGAAGAUGGCGAGGAAAGCACAUGUCGGAUGUCACUUGUAAACAAGAUUCUUCUGUUUUGACCUUGUUGUGGUCAGUCCAACACCAAGAUAGUGAAGCUCUUCAGAGGACCACAGAAGCUUGUCUGAGUUUCAACAAAUGACUUCUCAAUAAAACAAAGUCAGUCCAUUGCAUUGUUUGUGUUGUAAGCUGCAUUCAUCUAAGAGGAGAAAAGAGGAAUUUGUCCUGUCUCGCAAACUCACAGAUUUUUGCAAUGGCAGGAAUUUAAAGAGGGGAGAACAUGUGGGCAUUCUGCAGGCAUGUCAAAACAUCUGCUUUUUUUAGAGGCACUGUCUGCAUAAGAGAACAUGUGGCCCUAUAAGCUGAAGCUGCAGCCAUGACACGGUGUGACCUUAUAAGCCAUAUGAGAAGUAUUACUGAGCCUUGGUAUCAAACGUAGCUUUAUCUCUAAAUCGGAUGAACAGCAAUGCAUCAUGUGCUAAUCAGGAGAAAGUUGGGAUGGAGAAAAGCUGCUUGACAUGCAGAGAUGCUGCUGACUAUUAUAUGAGGCGAUGAAGCAUUUGUGGGUUGCAUUUCCCCUUGUGACAGUGCUCUGCACAAUGAGUCCAUUGGCUUGGAGCUAAGGACCUGCUUGCUUAAAGGGAUCUUAAGAUGCCUUGCUGUUUCUGACCUGUCCCAGAGAGAGAGAGAAAGCCUGCAUAAUGGCUCAGACAAGCUUGCUGCAGGGGAAACCGUUUUAUUGUCGAGAGUGGGUUUUUCACAAGCUUCAACACUGCCUCCAGGAAAAGACAAGCUGCAGCAACAGUACUGCCAACAAGCCCUCUGUUGUGUUGAAUUCCGGGGCUAAUACCUGUGUCAUCCCUGGCAAAGGAGCUGCCUGGGGGGUGUUGUUAGUGGGAGGGCCUGGCAGUGGCAAGACAGCCUUUUGUACUGAGUUGCUGUGGCCGAGCUCACCUGCAAGUCUCCAGAGGAGUCUGCAUCACCAAGCCCUGGCCUUCCACUUCUGCAGGGCUCAGGACUCAGACACACUCUGCGUGGGAGGCUUUAUUCGAGGGUUAGUUGCCCAGAUCUGUCGCAGUGGACUCAUCCAAGGAUAUGAAGACAAGCUGAGAGAUCCAGCUGUGCAGUGUCUCUUGCAGCCUGGGGAGUGUGAGAGGAACCCUGCUGAAGCAUUUAAGAGGUGCAUUCUCCUUCCCCUUCUUGGAGCCAAGUCCCCCCAGCAAAGUCUCUUCCUGCUCGUAGAUUCAAUAGAUGAGGGUUGUAACAUUGCAGAAAGCGACCAAACAUCUACAAGCAUGUCUGGAACUAUAGCUGAGCUUCUAGCUAGUCACUAUGAGUUUUUUCCUCCAUGGUUGCUGCUCCUGUGCUCUGCCCGGAAACAGAGCAAAACUGUUACAAAAAUGUUUACUGGGUUUCGAAAAAUAAGCCUUGAUGAUCUCCGGAAAGCCUAUAUCGUGAAAGAUGUUCAGCAGUAUAUUCUUCAUCGUUUAGAUCAAGAGGAAGCUCUGAGGCAACACCUCACAAAAGAAACUGCAGAAAUGUUGAAUCAGCUUCACAUCAAAAGCAGUGGAUGUUUCUUAUAUCUUGAACGUGUCCUAGAUGGAGUUGUAGAAAACUUUAUUAUGUUAAGAGAAAUCCGUGAUAUCCCUGGAACACUCAAUGGUCUCUAUCUUUGGCUUUGCCAAAGACUUUUUGUGAGAAAGCAGUUUGCAAAAGUCCAGCCUAUUCUGAAUGUUAUCCUUGCUGCUUGCAGACCACUGACAACAGUUGAAUUGUUUCAUGCAGUAUGGACCAAAAACAUGGCAUUAUCAAUGGAAGAUUUCCAGCGCAAGCUAGACGUUCUUUCGAAAGUCCUUGUCGAUGGCCUUGGAAACACAAAGAUCCUUUUCCACUAUAGUUUUGCUGAAUGGCUGUUGGAUGUAAAACACUGUACACAGAAAUAUCUCUGUAAUGCCGCAGAAGGACACAGAAUGCUUGCAAUGAGUUACACCUGUCGAGCCAAGGAAUUAUCACCCCUGGAGGCUCAGGAAUUUGCUUUGCAUCUAAUUGAUUCGAAUUUGCAACUGGAGACUGCUGAGUUGGCUUUGUGGAUGAUCUGGAAUGGCACACCUGUCAAAGAUUCUUUGUCAACGUUCAUCCCAAAAGAACAAGAAGUUUUACAGUUGCUUGUCAAAGCUGGUGCUCAUGUCAACAGCGAGGAUGAUCGGACAUCUUGCAUUGUGAGGCAGGCUUUGGAAAGAGAAGAUUCCAUUCGAACUCUGUUGGAUAAUGGGGCCUCAGUAAAUCAAUGUGAUUCGAGUGGAAGAACUCUGUUGGCUAAUGCUGCAUAUAGUGGCAAUCUUGAUGUAGUCAAUUUGCUUGUUUCUAGAGGUGCAGAUUUAGAAAUUGAAGAUUCACAUGGUCAGACAGCACUUACUUUAGCUGCCCGGCAGGGACACACCAAAGUAGUCAAUUGUUUAAUUGGUUGUGGUGCUAAUAUAAAUCAUACUGACCAUGAUGGCUGGACAGCACUGCGAUCUGCAGCUUGGGGUGGGCACACCGAAGUGGUUUCAGCACUCCUGUAUGCUGGUGUAAAAGUGGACUGUGCAGAUGCUGACAGUCGAACUGCCUUGAGAGCAGCAGCCUGGGGAGGACAUGAAGAUAUUGUAUUAAAUCUUUUGCAACAUGGGGCUGAGGUUAACAAAGCAGAUAAUGAAGGCAGAACUGCUUUAAUUGCAGCAGCAUAUAUGGGACAUAAAGAGAUCGUGGAGCAUCUCCUGGACCAUGGUGCUGAGGUAAACCAUGAGGAUGUAGAUGGAAGGACUGCUCUCUCUGUCGCUGCUCUUUGUGUACCUGCUAGUAAAGGACAUGCUUCAGUUGUGAGCCUUUUAAUUGACCGGGGUGCAGAGGUGGACCAUUGUGAUAAAGAUGGCAUGACUCCACUGCUGGUGGCAGCCUAUGAAGGACACGUAGAUGUUGUUGACUUGCUUUUGGAAGGUGGAGCAGAUGUUGAUCAUACUGACAACAAUGGUCGCACUCCUCUUCUUGCUGCAGCUUCAAUGGGUCAUGCUUCAGUAGUAAAUACUCUCUUGUUUUGGGGGGCAGCUGUGGAUAGCAUUGACAGUGAAGGACGAACAGUUCUUAGCAUUGCGUCUGCCCAAGGCAAUGUUGAAGUUGUGCGAACUCUUCUGGAUAGAGGGUUAGAUGAAAAUCAUAGAGAUGAUGCAGGAUGGACACCUUUGCACAUGGCAGCUUUUGAAGGACAUAGGUUAAUAUGUGAAGCACUUAUAGAACAAGGUGCUCGAACAAAUGAAAUUGAUAAUGAUGGACGCAUAGCCUUCAUAUUGGCUGCCCAGGAAGGUCACUAUGAUUGUGUACAAACCUUGCUGGAAAAUAAAUCAAACAUUGACCACAGAGGUUAUGAUGGGAGAAAUGCCCUCCGUGUUGCUGCAUUAGAGGGCCAUAGAGACAUAGUUGAACUCCUCUUCAGCCAUGGAGCUGAUGUGAACUACAAAGAUGCUGAUGGCCGACCAACCCUCUACAUCUUGGCUUUAGAGAACCAGUUAACAAUGGCUGAGUAUUUUUUAGAAAAUGGUGCAAAUGUAGAAGCAAGUGAUGCUGAAGGAAGGACAGCUCUCCAUGUUUCCUGCUGGCAGGGUCAUGUAGAGAUGGUACAGAUGCUGAUAACAUAUCAUGCUGAUGUGAAUGCAGCAGACAAUGAGAAACGAUCAGCUUUGCAGUCUGCGGCAUGGCAGGGCCAGGUCAAAGUAGUUCAGCUUUUGAUUGAGCAUGGGGCGCUAGUUGACCAUACAUGUAAUCAAGGUGCUACUGCACUCUGUAUUGCAGCCCAAGAGGGGCACAUUGAUGUUGUGCAGAUAUUACUGGAGCACAGUGCUGAUCCAAACCAUGCGGAUCAAUUUGGACGCACAGCUAUGCGUGUUGCUGCAAAAAACGGCCACACACAGAUAAUCAAAUUACUGGAAAAAUAUGGUGCUUCAACUCUAAAUGGCUGCACUCCAUCUCCAGUACAUACAAUGGAGCAAAAGCCUUUGCAAUCAGUAUCCUCAAAAAUGCAAUCCUUAACCAUAAAAUCAAAUAGUUCAGGAAGCACUGGUGGGGGUGAUAUGCAGCCUCCUUUGCGUGGCUUGUCUAAUGGGCCAUCUCAUGCCUUUAGUUCUCCUUCUGAAUCCCCUGAUUCUACAGUUGAUAGACAGAAAUCCUCCUUAUCCAACAAUUCUUUGAAAAGCUCAAAGAACUCAUCACUUCGCACAACAUCUUCUACAGCAACUGCCCAAACAGUACCUAUUGAUAGUUUCCACAGUAUGUCUUUUACAGAGCAAAUACAACAGCAUUCAUUGCCCCGUAGUAGAAGUAGACAGUCCAUUGUUUCUCCUUCUUCUACAACUCAUUCCUUAAGUCAGAAUCAUAGUUCACCAAACAGUGAGUUUGAAUGGAGCCAAGUGAAACCCAGCCUGAAGUCAACAAAAGCAAACAAAACAGGAAAAACUGAGAAUGUCAGUAAAUCUGGGUGUGCUGGCAAAAAACCAAAACAGAAUGUCUCUUCUCAACCCAAAGUUCUAGAAUAUGAAAUGACUCAGUUUGAUAAACGGAUACCUGUUGCCAAAUGUGGGGCAAACUUGCCCCCUAAAUCGAUGGCUCCUGACACUCACUGUAAAAUUGUGGUUCCUCCAGCCCAGCAAGAAGUUUGCCGAUCUCAACAACAAUUUUUGAUCCACCAACAAAGCGGGGAACAGAAAAAGAGAAAUGGAAUAAUGACAAAUCCAAAUUACCAUCUUCAGAGCAAUCAGGUUUUUCUUGGUAGAGUUUCUGUCCCACGAACAGUACAAGAACGAGGGCAUCAGGAGGUUUUGGAAGGCUAUCCUUCUGCAGAGACAGAGUUAAGCCUUAAACAAGCCUUAAAACUUCAAAUUGAGGGAAAUGACCCAAGCUUUAAUUAUAAGAAGGAAACGCCAUUGUAAAGAGGCAGCUCACAGCACCAUGAAUAAAACAGAAGAGCUUCUGCUUAGAAUGAUUUGUCAGCUGGGCUGGGAUAAAAGCAUGUCUCGCUUCUGGAACCACAUUGAAAAUUACGAAUGUUAUCGCUGCAGUACAGUUAUCUUGAUUACUGUAAUGUGCCUAAAAGUGUUAAACCUGCCUUCUUAAUUUAACCUAACCAAGUUUUUAUUUUCUGUACUUUAUACUUCAUACACAGAAUAAGCACUUUCUCUCUUCCUUAGCAGCAGAGCAAGAUAAUGCUAUACUUUCCUCACACAGCUGAAAAAUUGUAAGAGCUAGAAAUUUGAGUUUCCUUUUCAGGAAGGCUCAGUUAGUGUAAAUGUGCCACAGUGGACUUUGUAUCAAAAGGCAAUGCCUUCUGUAUUUAUUUUAUGUUAAUGCGUCGAAAGAAACUUCAUACAGCCAAAAAGACAAGGAGUGUCCUGUGCCACCUUGAAGACUACAGCAGCCCCUUCCACAGUGGCCCUCUGACUUCUCUAUGCCCUUGAAUAGGCCUUUGUAUGGCUAAUUUAAAUGCAAUCUUUCUUCUUUCUGCUUACACCAGCAGUGUUGCAGCAUAAUAUUAGUUAGAUUUUGAAGUGCCAUAGGACUUUCUGUCUUUGUUGCUGUCACAUUCAUGUGUUCAAAUCCAUGGGAGGCUUCCACAUACCCCCAAAAAGUGUAUUGAAUUUUUUUUAUGAAUUUGCACAUGCCACAAAAGUCAUUUACAUUCAUUGUGAUGGUUUCAAAAUCACUUCUGCAGUCCCAUCCAUCACCCCCUGGAUCACUGCAGAUGAGGAUGAGUUAAUUCGUACAGAAUAUUCUUCAUACAACUGUGAUAACAAUCACUCUAAUGCUGUGUACUGGUUCUAAGCAACUCUGUUCUUUUGUGCCUCUUAAAUGAUACUUGCAUAUCUGCAAUGUAUUUCUGUAUAGCUGAAAUGUUUCUCACAAGAAAGGAUAACAGUAUUGGCUACACUGUAGUACUUGCAUUCAUUCUGGUCAGUAGUGAAGAAACACUGUUGUGCAGCUUAUCUAAAAUAAUUCAUAUUGUCGAGUGGAAAAGUCAGUUUGUGAAGGAACAAUUCUUGCAUCUCCAGAUCGUUUUUCAUGUUGCCAGGAGGUAUCACUGCAUUCAAGUUGCUAUUUUUUUCUCCUAAAUCUGACAGAAGAAAACAGUACAGUCAGCAGGAGCUCAAGUAUUAUCUUCUAAAAUUUCCCAGCCAACCUUUUUAUUUUUCCAAGGUUUACCUGUAGAAAAGCACCAUAACUUGGUAGUAGAACAUACAUUUUACAUAAAUGCCCAUGCUAUAUUAUUUUCUAUCUUUAGUCAGGAUCUCUACUAACAGGUAGAACACUAUUUCUGCAAAAGUGUGGUAGCUGGACAUAAGACCUGACUUCGUAUACUGCAGCUUCAUUUGUUGAAAUACAAAUUCAUAUCAAUAAGAAGGGAGUCUCCAUAUAAUAGCUCUCUCCUGGUAGCAGCUGUUCCUUUUUGCUAUGUGCUCCAAACACUGUUAUCUCUCCUUUCAGAUGAUUAGUUUACCACCUGCUAAUGUUAUCUUUGUACUGUAUUAGAUGUCAUUUAUAAACUCUGGGCUACUUGUAGUCUCAACAAUUAGUCAAAUGACACAGUCCAAAACAGUCCAUCCCUCUCUCUACAUUUUCCUGAAUAGUGGGGAUUGAAUUGGAUGGCCAUUGUGGUCUCUUCCAGUUCUAUUAUUCUAUUUAUUAUUCUAUGUCUGGAAUUCAACAGUUGAAUAUAGGGGAGAACAUUGUCUCAGGAUGCUUUUCAAUGGCACCAGUUAUCUACCUAUGCAAAAAUGCUGCCCCCAGAAUUCUGUUACUAUCCCAUGUGGACAAGAAACAAAAGAUUUAAUUCUUAGGGUUAAGAACUCAAUUUCCCUCCCCCCCCCCCAAUGUUAAUAUUGCUAUAAUGCUAUCAAUAAAAAUAAUUUUAAAAAAGAACUCCUUUGCUGCAGAAAUUUCAGCAAGAUAUUAGAGGCACAUAAUGAUAUAUUAAAUAUCUGUUUUUGGGGCUGUUGUCAUCACCUUGGUAACUGACAAAGGAUAGGAUGUACAGCAGGAGCCAUGAAAAAUGUCCCUGCUUCAACUUUAAUUGUGAUCUCUGUUCCCCCCUCAUAUGAAUUCUGAACAGAACUAUUCUGAACUGAAUUUUAUCAUAGGCUUCUUACAAAUAGAUCCUUAGGGUAAGAAUAUUUAAAAGAUACACAAACAUUGCCUUCAACUUUUCUUAACCUCCCAAGUACUUGGUGUUUGCAAUACUGCACAAAAAUAAAGUUUUUCUUUCAAAUUAGAGGCAUGUUUUUAAUCUGUAGAAAGACACCCCUAAAGAGGCAGCCUUCUCCCUAUAUCUUGGCUGUUGCUGAGAUUAUAUUUAUUUAAUUAUUUUGUUUUAUUGCUGUAUGUACCUUCUGACUCAGUGAUUACAUUUUUGCAAGGCAGCUGUGCAUUGCAGCAGCUUUUGUAAGCUUCAGCAGAAGACUACUAACAUUUGAAGAAGGUGGUAGAGACAAAUCUGCUAAAAUAAAGUCAAUGACAACAGUUGUACCUUUCAAUGAAUUGAAAAGAAAGUUCCUACAUAUCUUUGGAAUUGUUUGAAAGACAGUAGGCAUUUCUUUGUGAAGAUGUAUCCAUUUGAGUGUGACAUUCUUCUGCUUUGAUUUAAUAUACUGUUUUAAUAUAUUGACUUGUAUGGCCUCAACUCAAAGAAAGGUAGUAUAUAAUGCAUUGAAAUCUUGGCAGUUCCAAAAGGUAGGUGGCUUUGAAACUUUGCAUGGUUGGUUGUAAUUCAAUUUUGUUAAACUCUAACUUGGCAGAGUUGAUCAACCAUGAUUUGGCAUAGUCCAAAACCCUCUCUUUCAUCCCCCUUCCACAAAUUUCUCAAUUUCUGUUUAUAUUUUAUUUUCAGUUCUUCCACAUGUUGUCUAAAAGUCAUCACUAGAUGAAACGGGGAAGUGUUGUAACUCAUGACUGUGAGAUUAGAGAAAGUACUGGUGAACUACACACCUGCAAGGAAGCCAUCCUUAAAAAGAAAUAAAUAAAAUGAUAAAUUGAUGAAUAUCAACCAUGUUAAGGUAGAGCAGCAUUCCUUAGCCCUUGUCAUGAUUGGUAAUGGAAAAUAGUUUUGCUUUUUCUUAAAGCAUAAUUUUCUCUUGUCAGCUAUGCUGCUAUGCAAAUGUCUGUUUAUGCUCGACAUCCUCCAUUGAAACUCUUCAAAUAACAUGGUGCACGGAUAAGACUUUUUUUCUGGACUGGGUUGUAAAUAGCCUAUUAUGUACAUUGAAUUUCACAUUGUAAAAUUUUUAUUUUAUUUCUUGUAUUAUAUUAAGCAAAAUUCCUUAUGUAUAUGAAAGUGCAUAAUAAAUAUAUUUGCUUUUCAGCAGA